ACUCGAAUCCCGAUGGUGAUGACGACGAUUGUGCGCCGAGUGGCCCGCUCCGCUGUGCGCGGCAGCCAGCGCGCGCUUGCCGCCCGCGCGGCUCCCGCCGUGGCCUCGCAGCUGCAGCUGCUGGCCCAGCAGCCGCGCUUCUUCUCGGCCAAGAGCGGCGACGACGGCUCGCACUCGGACUUCCAGCCGCAGUACCACGCGGCCAAGUCGACGGAGAAGGACGAGAUCCUCAAGAUGAUCGAGAGCCAUGUCAAGACGUACCCCAUCAUGCUCUACAUGAAGGGCACGCCCUCGGCCCCGCAGUGCGGCUUCAGCAUGCAGGUGGUGCGCAUCCUGCACGCGCAGGGCGUGAGCUUCGACAGCGUCAACGUGCUGGACCACCCGGAGAUCCGCGAGGGCGUCAAGGAGUACUCGCAAUGGCCGACGAUCCCGCAGCUGUACGUGAAGGGCGAGUUCGUGGGCGGCUGCGACAUCAUCACGGACAUGAGCAAGUCCGGCGAGCUGGCCGAGCUGCUGGCGGAAUUCAAGAAGAACUAGACUCAGCACACGCACAAAGGAGAAAGACGUCGGAACAGCAGAGGCUGCCAUGUCAGGCAGGUCCAAGCCUCUCCUUCCUCUGGUGGCUUGGUGUUCGGGUGUACAAGU